UGUGAUUAGCUGAGAGGCUGUUUUGUUUCUCUUGCCGAGAGCAAUGCCUGAUUAUUUUUUUUUCUUUUUAAAAUGACCUUUUGUUAGUCCUCUUGAUCCCGGGCACUCAACUACCUGACUCACUCGUCUCACCAUUAUUUUGUGGUAUCGCUUGCCAAAUGUGGAUAGCUCGCAAAAAAGUCAGACUUUAAGAACGAGUCGCUGUUAUCAGUGCAGGCCUUUCUGAAUUCAGCAAGGGCUUGAGCUCAUAGCAACUGGGCGGUAGGGAAGAAAAAAACGUGGCAUCACAACAGGCUAUUCUGCUUUGCGUUCGAAUGCAUAUGAUUACUGCAUUCAUGGAUUUAUUGAAACGGGACCUAGUUUGAAAGUAGGUGCAGCUCGCAGGAAACGAACCGGAUGUAGGUUAAAUUCGGUCGUUGAAGAGUCCAGGUAAAUAACUAAACAAGGCUAGCUGCCUAGGUAGACUACAUGGUGAGUGAUACAUAGAUCGACACAAUCUGAUGAACUGGACUGAAAGGAUGAACGGUACUCAGCAAAAUGACACAAAAAGGCAACACCUGCUGGAGAGGCUGUUGGAUGCAGUGAAGCAGUGCCAAAUCCGUUUUGGAGGACGAAAAGAGAUUGCUUCAGACUCAGAUAGCAGGGUGAUCUGCUUGUGUGCGCAGUUUGAGGCCGUCCUGCAGCACGGACUGAAGAAGAGCCGAGGACUGGCCCUCACGGCUGCCGCCAUCAAGCAGGCCGCCGGAUUCACCAGUAAAACCGAAGCAGAGCUCUCCUUCUGGUUCUACGUGAAGGAGCACCUGAACCGCCAUGAGCUGCAGCGCUUCUACUCCCUCCGUCACAUCUCCUCGGAGCUGGGGCGGGGCCGGGCCUGGCUGCGCUGCGCCCUCAACGAGCACUCUCUGGAGCGCUACCUCCACAUGCUGCUGGCGGACCGAGCGCGGCUCAGUGUGUACUAUGAAGAGUGGGCUUUCAUCUUGGAUGAAGAGAGAGCGAGUAUGCUACCCACCAUGGCAGCCGGCCUGAACUCCAUCCUUUUCGCCAUCAACAUUGAUAACACGGACCUGAAUGGGCAGAACCGGGGCGGUUCCUCAGUGUCCCACCUGCUCAAGGAGUCGACGCAGGGCGUGAGCAGCCUGUGGAAAGAGUCGGCUCAGGGCGUCAGCACCCUCCUCCGUGAAAUCAGCACUGCCACCUCCGUGGUGCCCGGUUUCAGCCCACGCUCAGACUGCCAUUCUGAUCCUCUGCCUGUCCUACCCCGCAGCGCCUCUGCUGACUCGGGUUUGAGAAAAGAACGGCGUAGGAAGAAGAAAGUCACAAACAUCAUCUCCUUUGAUGAUGAUGAAGACGGGGGAGCAGAGGAUGAAGAGGAGGACAUCGGCGGGAGUCUGAGGAAGAGUGAGGUGGCUCGUGGGAGCUCAGAGGAGGCCCUGGACCCCCGGCCUUCCUCGCCCGCGCAGAACGGUGGGCCAGAGCCUGGGAUUGUGAGCUGGGGAGGCGCUAACACCUACAACGGGGCGCCGCUCGACACAAAGAGCAUUGACAACGAGGAGGAAGAUGAUGACGUGUACAGCAAGAACAGGACCGAGCCCGAGGAAGAGCGAGGCAGUGCAGAACAGGUGGUGGUGGGAAGCCUGUCAAGUGUGUCGACGUGGAGCCCCCUGCAGGUCAUCAACGACAAUGACAGCUCAGACAUCCUCAUUCCUCUUCCCUCCGCAGACUCCUACUCUCAGCCUGAGAGUUCAGUGGAGCCCCUGGGUUUUCAAGCGGAGGUUGACAGCACCAACCACGUGACGGACUCCACGAAAACAAGAUCCCAACUGCUGUUCAACAUGGAACCCAGCCCCCCAGUCCAGAGCACAUCUCUGAGCACCAUGCUGCCCACCCCAGGCCUGCCGGAGUCCAUGACCGUGGUUGAACUACGUCAGGCGAUAGUGGCCAUGAUGAACAGAAAAGAUGAGCUGGAGGAACAGAACAUGUCCCUACGUAGCUUGCUGGACGGAGAGAUGGAGCACUCGGCCGGACUGCGGCAGGAAGUGGACAGUCUGAAGAAGCGGCUUGGGGAGCUGGAGGAAAGACACACUGCCAAAGUACAGGCCCUCGGCAGAGAGAACGAAGUGUUGAAAGUCCAGCUGAAGAAGUAUGUGGGAGCCGUCCAGAUGCUGAAGAGAGAGGGCGGGCAGAUCAAUGACGCACUCCCCACCCUGCGGAACUGCGAUGGACCGCCGCCUGUUCCUCAGCCCAAGUCCGUGGGUGAUGUGGAGGAGCUGGCCUCCAGCUACGAGCGCAAGCUGAUUGAGGUUGCCGAGAUGCACGGCGAGCUGAUCGAGUUUAACGAGCGACUGUACCGCUCCCUGAUGGCCAAGGACCACCUGAUCAGCCAGAUGAGACAGGAGCUGAUCGACCUGCGGGGCCCGGUUCCAGGCGACUUGAGCCAGACCUCUGAUGACCCAAGUUUAUCGGAUUUUGAAACGGCUCACCGUGCCCUGAUCAAUGUGUGGAUCCCCUCUGUGUUUCUGCGAGGACGGGCCGCCAAUGCCUACCAUGUGUACCAGGUGUACAUCAGGAUCCUGGAUAACGAGUGGAACGUGUACCGACGCUACACCGACUUCCGUGCGCUGCACAGUCGUCUGAGGUCCCGCUUCCCACAGGUCGACACCUUCAGCUUCCCACCCAAGAAAGCCAUCGGAAACAAGGAUGCCAGGUUUGUGGAGGAGCGGCGUAAACAGCUCCAGGGCUACCUGCGCAUGGUCAUGAACAAGUUGAUCCAGACGCUGCCCGAGUUCUCCGCCCGCCCCACCAAGGAAACCCUGGUGCAGUUGCUGCCUUUCUGCCUGGAUACCCCACAGCCCAGCGAAAGUGGGGGAAAACCAUCUCGUUCCAAAGUAUCCUCCAGAUUCCCAAAACUGGGCCGCAGCCAGAACCGGGAGUCCAGGAACCCUGAACCACAGAGUGGUGACCUUUGACCUCUCCUCUAAAGGGCUGAAAACAGAGACCCAAAAAUCCCUCUGAGCCUGGUUCUAGAGUGGCAGAGUUAGGGAGAGGAAGGACAGGAUGCUGCAAUGUGUCCUAAGCUGUGGAGCUAUACCUCCUUACGGCUAACAUGGAGGGGAAAUCCAGCUUCCUUCUCAAAACAGGAUGUUCAGAUAACCACAAAGGAUGACUAGCUGGGUCUAGGCAUGAGACGGAUGGACAAUGGGGAUUUUACACAUUUUAUUCAAUUUUCUAGAGAAAUGUUAUUAAUCAUGGUGCCUACAGCAGUUUUUUUUCCACCAUUUUUUGUUGGACAAAAGAGGAACUCGCUCUUGCUGUACUGUUUUUUUUUAUUCUUUUGAACAAAUUAUUAUUGUGCCAAAUGGAAGAGCUACCCCGUCACUAUCCAGUCCUCACAAGAGCAAGGUGUCAAGUACUCACCUUUUUCUUUUUGAGAGGUUUAGAAUGGUGAGGUCCUGUUUGGCACAAAUAAUGUAACAGUAUAUAAUAGUGCAUAUAUCAAAAACUAUAGGACAGAUUGGUCCUAAUCUGCAUCCUGCAGUUACUAAAGAUGUAAAAUGUGAUGUAGCAGGGAAAACAAAUAUGUACACUUAUCAUAGAUGAAUGUUUGAUGAUGGUGAAAACUUGAAAAGGCUGCUUUGAGGCUGAUGAAAUGCAUGUAAAGUGAAGUAUUCCUUCUCUUUAUGCAGUCUGUACACUGCAUUUGUUCUUCAGGAAUGUAAUACUACGUUUGUGUCUCUUAGGGAGAAGUGAAAGAUCUGGCAGAGGGUUCCACAAAGCCUGUGUGUUCAGUGUCAUUAUUUCUGAUGAGCCCAAGAGUCUGCUAUGUUAGUGGCAGUUGCAGUAUGUAUAUAGCCUGUGAAAGAAGACCUGUGUUCAAAUCUCAAUUAGUGGCACUCGCUGUGGUAGGAAUAUUAAUGUUAGACGCAACAGAGAGGCACUAUAGCUGACUGUACUGGCAGUACAUUCACGUCAAUAGGGGAAGCUGCCAUGUAAGAAUCAGCUUUGAAACUGUGGACAAAUGAAACAUUUGUGCUCCAUUAUCAUAUGUAAGCACAGUAGUGAAGUCUUAAAGAAACACAGAACAGAGUGUGCCAUGUCCACUCACAGCAACAAUUUAGCAAAAUUGACUGUUAACCUCAAAAUACAAAUAUAAAAACGAGUAAGAACAGUAGAUAAACUGUUGUAUCAUUAAAAUACUUUGACCUUAACCUAAAUACAUAGCACAUCCCAUUAUUGCUCAGAUGUGUAUUUUCUGUCUGCAAACAAUAAAGCUUUCUUGUCUGUUCACAUGUUUGUAUCUGCAUUCCUAACAACUCUCAUGACAUUACCAGUAAUACCCAGACAUGUAAUCUUCAGUGUUGUCACUUGCAUACCACUAAUGGUUGACUGUGCUGGCAGACGUUUGGCACGGUGACUUGUUUGUUCUUGUCGGUUAGCU